ACGAGAUAGCCGCCACCGUUUGUCGUCUCGAAAGACUCGAUCUGGCGAGCUAAGCUCACUCACUUCUUGGGAGAGAGUGUUACAGCGAAGACGGUCAGUUUGGAGAAAAAUAUCUUUUAGUUUUCCUCCCGUUUUUUUUUUUAUUUUUUUGAGUUUCAACUUUAAGUUCGGUGUUCGGAAGACAAGGAUUUUUAGUGUUCGAUUAGUGACUAUUUUGAACAUUUUUUUUAUUUUUUUUUGUGCGAGAGAACUAUGAUGGAUUAUAGUUUUUACCAAUUAAGAUCAUAAAUCAGCCAUGCAAGGGGUGGUGUUUACGCCAGAAAAUCCUCAACAAGGCUCACCCCCUCCCAAUAACGUCAUAGUUACCAAUAUGGAAGAAUCCCCAGAAACCACUCACACAACCAAAGAAACCUUAAUCAACCAAAGCAAUAGAAGCGACUCCGGCAUCUUCUCGACAACCACUAACACAACCAUCGACCAAUCGGCUAAUUGCGACAGCGACAAUCGUAGCGACUGUAGCUCACCAGAACGCAACUACGUCUGUCCAAUUUGCGACAAAAUGCUGACCUCGCAACAUAAAUUCACUUUACACAUCCGAUCUCACAACAACGAAAACGAAGUUCAGGUCAACAACGAACUGAAAGGGUUCACUUGCAAGAUUUGCCACAAAAUUCUGAGUUCUAGUUCCAGCUUGGACAGGCACGUUUUAGUUCAUAGCGGUGAAAGACCAUUUCACUGCAAAUUUUGUGGUGACACUUUUACAACUAAUGGAAACAUGCAUCGCCAUAUGAGAACGCAUUCUAGUAAAGGAGAGAAUUAUGAGUCUGACGGAAGCAGUGAUAGUGGCAGUGGUAAAAGCAUCGAAUAUAACAACAAUAAAGUUGAUUCUAAACAUUCCAAUAAAAGAAAACUGGAAGAGAUUGAAGAAAGCAAUAAUAAAAAAGUUUGUAGCGAUAAUGAUGAUACUUCGCCACAAUCUUUUAGAUGUCCUGUAUGUGAACGAUCUGAUUUUAAUUCCAUUGAAAUCCUUGAGGCUCACUUAGAAGAUAAUCAUUCAGAAUAUCCUGCCAAAUGCAACCAAUGUAACCAAAUUUUCCUCAACAAUAGGCUUCUUACUCUUCACAAGGAACGCCUACACAGCAUCCCUAAACAAUCCAUUGUAGGCUUUGGAGAUUUAACUUUUGUAGACUUUUCCAGCCAAAAAUUCCCGCAUAUUGCCAGACAUGAAUGCGAAAUGAACAUGCACAGAUCAAUUGGAAAUUUGAAAUUUCAAUGUCAAAAAUGCUCCAAAGCAUUCCCAUGCUCAAAUUCUCUGGAUAUUCAUGAGAAAGUUUGCCUAGAAUCACCUGCAGGUUUGAAUUUAAGCAAACCAAACAAUGGUAUUUGCGAAGAUGAAAUAAGGCGAGCUGAAUUUUUCUCGAGAUUGAACCUCCAAGAUAACUCUCCAGAAAAAAAAGUUCCUCCAUUUCCUCCAAGAGAAGUUCCUCAAAAACUUCGGGAACAACUAGCUAAAGCUAUGGAUAAUACCAAAGAUUUGGCUGAUAUUCAGUCAAUUUUAUCCAAUAUCAAUAUGCAACAGUUGCAAAGCAAACACAACGAAUUGAGGAUCUCUCCAUCUAAACCCACUGCUGAAUCCGAAUCAACCAAAAACGAAAACGAAGAAGAAUCUCAAGAUUCAUUUGCCAUAGAAUUUAGAAAAAUGAAACUCCGAGGAGAAUUUCCUUGUAGAUUAUGCACUGCAGUUUUUCCCAAUUUACGUGCCCUCAAAGGACAUAACAGAGCGCAUUUGAGUGGCAACAACAAUGGAACUUAUUUCUGCAACAUGUGCCCACACUCUUCAAUAGAUAAAGCUGCUCUAAUUCGUCAUAUGCGUACUCACAAUGGCGAUCGCCCUUAUGAAUGUGCACUAUGCAAUUAUGCUUUCACUACUAAGGCUAAUUGUGAAAGGCAUUUGAGGAAUCGUCACUCAAAAACUACCAGAGAAGACGUAAAGAAGUCUAUUAUUUAUCAUCCUUCAGAAGAUCCUACCAAUGACGAACUGAAUAAGUUGACUGUGAAAGAUGACAAGAAGUCUUUGCCGAGGGAAAGAGAUUUGACUCCAGAAAAAGUUCAUUGUUCCACACCAAAGAUUCAUUUGAAAAAUGAAGUUACUUUUCCUGCUCCUACUUUGGUUCCUGAUUUACAAGCUCUCAAACCAACAUUCCAUAACUUAGAUUUUAUGCGUAACGCAAAAGAAACCAAAUAUUUCAAUCCUCCUUUCUUCCCACCUCAACCGUUUAACCUCACCACAAAAUUACCUACUACCAUAUCUCAUCUAGAAAAUACUAUUCCUACAAACAAAAUUCAAGUUAAACCUUUUGAGGCACUGAAAGAACCUCUUAAUGGUUCAUUUGAGCAUUCUGAAGAUGAUUAUUAUGAUGAUGAUGAAGAUGAAGAGCCUCCGAUGAUGGAUGUUGCACUUGAUUUAAGCAAAAAAAAAAUGGAUGAAGAUAAACAACGAAUGAUGGAAAGAGAUGAAGAAGAUGAACCCCAAGAUUUAACUAGUAAAGUGUCUAAUAAUAACUCCCCAGACAUUCCCCGAACUGUUCCUAAUGUAAAUGAAUUUUUUGCUCAACAAUUACUCAAAAAUCAUCAAAAAAUCGAUCCUGCCGCUGCCCUGUAUGCUACCCAACUAGCUAACUUGUACAGGACCGGUUUUCCUGGAUGGCCUGGAUUUCCUGUAAAUCCAUUGUUAUUCCAGGCAUUGCCACAAUUGCCUCACACUCCUCAAGAUAUCAAAGAACGUAUGCAACGUUUCCAACUAUGCGGAGGAUCCAUGAUCACUGAUGAAUUAAAAACAUUCCAACCGCCACAUUUUCAACAACAUUCUCCACCAAUGCCACCAAUGGAGAAUCCAGUUCCUAGCUUCAAUGGCGUAGAUACUAAACCUAAUUCUUUUCUUCAACCAUUACCAAAGCUUUCGGAAGAUUCAGAUGAAUCUCGCAAACCUUUAACUAUCAAAGUUGAAUCGCCAAACUUCCAUGAUAGUAGCUUACCAAAAGUUGCAAAACCAGAUCUCGUGCAUUCUCCUAAUUCAGUUAAAAUGGUUAUCAAAAAUGGAGUUUUGAUGCCCAAACAGAAGCAACGUAGAUACAGAACUGAGCGUCCUUUUACCUGUGAGCAUUGCUCUGCAAGAUUUACCUUGCGUUCAAAUAUGGAGAGGCACAUCAAACAACAACAUCCUCAGUUUUGGUCUCAAAGGCAACGUGGAGCUAUUGGUCAACCAGGGAGGAAGCCACAAGGACUUCUUUUGAAGCCUAGUUAUGGUGAUCUUCCUUCUCCUUUACCGAACUAUGACCAUCCAAAAAUCCAUGAAUAUGACGCAAGCAAAGUACAUAUUAACGAAAAGUUACGAUUUGCUUUAUUAGCUCAGCAGUUAAGAGCUAAUCGAUUCAAUCAAGAGUUAAAACCAGAUGACGAUGACGAGGAAGACUGCGAGUUGGUGAUUGAUGAAAACGAUAACAAUAAGAAUGAGGAAAACAACUUGGAAGUUGAAAAAAAUCAAAUUCUUCAACAGAAACUUAAAGAGUUUCGUGACCAAACGAGAAAACAGGGAUUCAGGAGCGAGGAAGAUUUGGUGCCAGUGUCCAGACUUUUGGACAAUGCUUCGCAGCAACAAUUCAAAGAGUACUUCAAGAGGGAUGGUGAUGAACACGAAGCUGGUACCGUCAGUGAGGAGGAUGAAGAAGGACUGGUGGCCAGUGGGAGUACUAGCGAGGGGAAUAUAUCCGGAACGGAUGAAAACAGAUCCGAAUCCGAAACCAUCAACCCCACAACUCCAGUAAAAAAGAAGUCAGCUUACUCAUUAGCACCCAACCGAGUAAGUUGCCCCUACUGUAGCCGCAAGUUCCCAUGGACUUCCUCUUUACGCCGCCAUAUUUUAACUCACACUGGACAAAAGCCGUUCAAGUGUAGCCACUGUCCUCUCUUGUUUACCACCAAAUCCAACUGUGACCGGCAUCUCUUGAGAAAACAUGGUAACUCAGCUACUACCAUCGUUACUAGCGAAGCUACUAACAGUAACAGUACAAAUUAUUUGAUGAGAAACGUUCCUGAGAGGCCUUUCAAGUGCUCGAACUGUCCUAGCAGCACCUUCUCCACCUACUCGAACUUAAAAAAGCAUAUAAGCUGCAAGCAUUCCACUAACGCUCAAGGCGAUGACAUCAAAGCUCAAGGCUACGAAGCUGGAAGUUCAGAAGACGAAAAAGUCAAUCAGCCUGAAAAAAACGAUUGGGAAAGUCAAAUAGCCUAUAGCAAAUUCGCUGUUGUGCCUAAUCCAGAAGUUCACCCAUCAUCAAAUCCAACACCAAACUCAGACUUACCAUUCAAAUGCCAUUUGUGUGAAAGUUCUUUUGCUGAACGCCAUCAAGCAUUGGAUCAUAUCAGAGACAAACACGCUUCAGAGUAUGAUCUUUUAAUGUCCAAAAAUGCUUUGGAUGUUAAUGCUACAACUCCAGACGAAGCACCACAUCAUGACGAAGAAGAUACUGAUAUCAGAGGCAAAUUUCCAGAUUACUCUAACCGAAAAGUGAUUUGCGCUUGGUGUAUGCGCAGAUUCUGGUCCGCCGAGGACUUACGUAGGCACAUGCGUACUCAUACCGGAGAAAGGCCUUUUAGUUGCGACAUUUGUCGCAGGAGGUUUACUUUGAAGCACAGCAUGUUACGUCACAGAAAGAAACAUGCUUUGAAUAACAGCUUUGAACAUGAUACGACCCAUAGUGAUGAAGAUGGGAAUAAUGCUGAAGAUGCUGUAGUUGUGAGGAGAAGUGUAGAUGUAGAGGUUCCGGAAAGUGGUAGUGGUGGUGGGGGGGAUUUGAUUAGUAAUCUUUUGGGUCUGAGGGAUAGGUCGAUUAUUGAUAAGGUACUUGACGCUUCUGCAGAUGAUGCUGCGAAGUUGUUGGGUGUUAAAAAUGGAGUUAGGGAAUAGAUUGGAAUUUAUAAAUUGUUGUAAAAAGUCAAAUGAUCUGACUUUUUCAAAAUGUUAAUAUUAUAAAAAUAAUUUAGGUGCGUUUUUCUAUAACAUGUAAAUUCUCUAGUCAGGUUAAUCCAACGAAUAUUUUUAGCAUUAAAAAUGCUCUAAAAACUAAAUGAUUAUAAAUGUAUUUAUUAAUGAUUGUAAAUCCACAUUGACGAUGAGUAGAUACUAGUUAAAUAAUGUAUUUUUUUUAAUAAUUAUGAUUUUUUUUGUUAUAACAAUUUUGUACAUAUCAUUGACAAAAUGAUACGGUCUAGGUAUACCAAAAAUUCUUUUAUGCAAUAACAUUUUUGAUAAUGUUAUUUGUUUAGUGUACAAUACUUUUGCGCCUUUUUCCUCUCCAACAUAUCAAAAUGUUUAAGCAAUAUAAUAUAAAAAAAUAAAUGCACUGCUAGAUUAUAAAUUGUAAAUAACAUAAUAAUAAUGGAUAAACGGUCAGUUUUUUGUAGUUAAUUUAACUUAUUAAUUUAUUUAUUUAUAGAAUAUUUAAACAAUCAAAACCAAAUUUUCUUUUAUAUAAAAUCAAAAUAUUUUUAUUUUUUACUGUUGAAAUUUUUAAUUUUUGUUUUUUUUAGUAUUAUAAGGGUUUUUUUUUGGUGGUUAGAAUGAUAGUUUUUAGUUUAUUUUAUUGUGUGUGCUUUGAGCGUCAAAUACUUAUAUAAAAAUAAAUUAAUGCUUUUGAGCUUGUUGUGUAUAAAAUAUAUUAAAGGUGGAAAAUUCUGCCCUUUUAUAUAAUUAAAAUAUUAAACUAUAAUUAGACUGACACUAUUUUGGUUUACCUUUGCACGUUAUACAAUUUAAUUAUUAAAAAAUUUCACAAAAUAUUCACACCGCGUGUCUUAAUAAAAAGCUUUUGACGUAAAUCUUUGCACUUCCAAAAAACAAGUUUUUUGGAGGUGAAAUUUAGGUUUAGUCAAAUAAAAGCUAAAAAAUUUAGCUAUUUAUAUACUUAAGCAAUUGGAGUGAUUUAUAUUUAAUUAUAUUAUUCUAGAUUGUAAGAUGAAUAUUAUUAUUAUUAUUAGGCUUACAUAAUAUUAUUGUAAAUUUUGUAUGGUAAUGAUUUUUUCUGUUAAAUGUGUAUGCCAUAUUUAGAGAGUGUUUUAUUAUCGGUAUAUGACUUAAAAUUAAGUAUUUCACACAUGACGAGUUUUUUUUCAAUGUACCUUUUUUGUUUAUUUUUAUUUCGGUAAAUAAAUAAAUAGAUUUUAA